CGCAGCUCCAACUUCUAUAACUGCAUCCACAACUCGUAGUACAAUAAUGACUCCCACUACAGUUACAACUCCCAUAAAAACCACAUCUCCCAUUACUACUACAAUUCCCUCUACCACAACAAUUCCCACUACUACAGUGAUGGCCCCCAUUACCACAAUCACAACAUCCACUAAAUCAACUCUCACUCCCACUAUACCCCCAACCACUACUACAACCAUAAAUACUACAGCUCUUACUAUUACAACUACAACUCCCACUACUGCAACUGUAAUUCCCACUGACACAACUUUAACUACCACUAGUGUAGCCACAGAUCCAUGUUUUACAACCACAUCUCCAACAACUACUACUACAAUCACAACUCCUUCUAUUUCUACUCUGACUUCCUCUACCACAACCACAAUUCCCACUACUACAGUCAUAACACCUACUAUGACAACUGUAAAUCUCAUGAUCAAAACAAUGACAGCUCCUGCUAUUACAACCCCAACUCCCAUUAUUACAACCAUAAAUCUUUCAACUCCUACUAGUACAUCUACAAAUCCCAUUACUAUAACCACAACUCCCACUACAAUAAUGACUCCCACAACUACAACUCCCAUUACUGCAACUACACUUCACAUUGCCACAACCUCAGCUGUAGCCACAGAUCCAUCUUUGAUAACCGCAUCCACAACUCCAACUAUUACACCCACAACUCUGUCUACUACAAGCACAACUGACACAACUUCAUUCACAACUACAACUCCCACUAUUGAAAUCACAACUCCUAUGACUUCAUUUACCACAGCUCCAACUACAGCUCCUGUUGCCACAAAAUCAACUCCCACUACUAUAGACACAGCUCUAACUUCUAUAACCACAUCCACAACUCGUAGUACUAUAAUGACUCCCACUACUACAGUUACAACUCCGACAAAAACCACAACUCCCAUUACUACUACAAUGACAACACCCACAACAACAACCACAAGUGCUACUACUAUGAUUCCCUCUACCACAACUACAACUCCCACUACCACAGUCACAACACCAACUUCUAUAAACACAGCUCCUAGUACUAUGACAGUUCCCGCUACUAUAGACACAGCUCCAACUUCUCUAACUACAGCCCACACAACCACAGCUCCUAGUACUAUGACAGUUCCCGCUACUACAAUCACAACUCCUGUUACUUCAACUAUGCCUUCCUCUACCACAGCCACAACACCCACUACUACAAUGAUAACCCCUACUACUACAACCAUAAAUCCCACAACUACAACAAUUACAGUUCCUACUAGUACAUCUACAACUCCUACUACUACAACCACAACUCUCAUUACCACAACCUCAACGCCCACUACUAUAGCCACAGCUCCAACUUCUAUAACCACAUCUCCCACAACUACAACUACUAGUACUAUGACAUUUCCCACUACAAUAAGCACAACUCCUACUAUUACAACUUCAGCUCCCAUUAUAACAACCUCAGCUCCCACUACUGUAGCUACACCUCCAACUUCCAUACCCACCUCUCCCACAACUAAUACUACUACAACAAUAACUCCUACUGUUUCAAGCACAACUCUGACUUCUACAACUCCCACUACAAUAACCAAAGCUCCCACAACUCCAUCUACAACAAGCACAACUGCCAUGACUUCAAGUACCACAAACACAGCAUCCACUACAACAGCCACAAUUGCAAUUCCUAUUACCACAAGUUCCACUACAACAAAAACUACCCCUACUAUUACAACUAUGACUCCCACUACUACAAACACAACUCCUACUACAAUGACAACUCCCAUUACCAUAGCCACAACCCUAACUAAUACAACCACAACUCCAACUACCACAACAACUCCCAUUACUACAACUGCAACUACUACAACAACCUCAACAACUCCCAAUAUUACAGGCACAACAACUAUCACAACCAAACAUAGCACACCUACUGGAGGUCCCUGUAUUGGAAAGAGCAAUGGGGUUUACUCCAACCCCAGUGACUCAAAUUCUUUUUACAACUGUGCCAAUGGGGUAACCUACAUCCAAUACUGCCAAGCGGGUCUGAUCUUUAACAAAAGCUGCAAAUGCUGUGACUGGCUCACAGCUACUACAGUGACAACUCUCACAACCACAACUCCCACAACAAUGACAGCUUCCACUACAACAACACCCACCACCACAUCUUACACUACUACAACCACAACAAUCAAAGCUGGAACACCUGCUGGAGGUCCCUGUAUUGGAUAGAGUGAUGGGGUUUACACCAACCCUAAUGACUCAAAUUCUUUUUACAACUGUGCCAAUGGGGUAACCUUCAUCCAAUACUGCCAAACUGAUUUGAUGUUUAAAGAAAAUUGCAAAUGCUGUGAUUGGCCCCCAACAGUUGUACAAUAAUCAUUUCCCUGUUCUCCAGUGGUUUUAUUUCUUAUUUUAAACAAAAGGGGACAUUUUC